CACCACGUAGUACACACACACUACACACACUACGCUUCUACGCUACACACCACUACUCUCACAACAAUGGCGAGGAGCGUAGCCGUGGUGGUGUUGCUGGCGAUGGCGGCGGUGGCGGCGGCGCAGGCGCCGGGUCCCGCUGCGACGCCGGCGGCGGGCGCCACGGGGCCGCCGAACGUGACGGCGGUCCUGGAGAAGGGAGGGCAGUACACGACGUUCAUCCGGCUGAUGAAGGAGACGCAGCAGGACACGCAGCUGAACAGCCAGCUGAACAACUCCUUCAACGGCAACGGCUACACCGUGUUCGCGCCUACCGACAACGCCUUCAACAACCUCAAGCCGGGCACCCUCAACAGCCUGACGCAGCAGCAGCAGGUGGCGCUCGUCCAGGGCCACGUCCUCCCGCAGUUCUACUCCAUGGACUCCUUCCAGACGGCCAGCAACCCCGUCCGCACCCAGGCGUCCGGCACCGACGGCCCCUACACCCUCAACAUCACCUCCACCACCAACAACAACGUCAACGUCUCCACCGGCGUCGUCGAGGUCACCGUCACCAACGCGCUCAGCGCGGUCAAGCCGCUCGCCGUCUACUCCGUCGACAAGGUGCUCCUCCCCUUCGAGCUCUUCGGCGUCAAGGCCCCCGCCGCCGCGCCCACCGCGUCGACCGCCAAGCCCAAGAAGGGUGGCUCCACGGAGGCCGCCUCCGGCCCCGCCGGCGCGGAGGACGCCGAGCCCACGGGCGCCGCCAGCGCCAGGGCCGUCGGCUGGGGCGUCGCCGGGCUCGCCGCCGUUGUUGGCUGCCUCUUGUAAGACGGUGUACGGACACGAUGGUCGAGGAAGCUAGCCAUGUGCAUGCAUUUCUUUUCUUUUCUUUUUUUUUCCUUUUUUUCCUUUUCUUUCAUUCUUCCUCUCUCCAUGUUUAAAUUUAUUUGAUUUUGACUAGUUUGUUCUUUACAUUAUUCUUGUUCUUGGUGGUUUGUAAUAUUGGGCUGUGUGAUUGGAGUUUUCUGUCUGAGGCCGGGAUGUUAAUAAUGCAUUAGUACAUUUUGAGUCA